UGCCUCCAGCUGGCUUGACUCGCCCGCCAAAUAUCUUUCUAACUUUGUUUAUUCAGCUAGUUCGCCAGGCUGGUGAGGACAGUCGGCUGUAUUUUUAAACCUUUCUGCUCUAGCUCUUGUGUUAAGAGUACAGGUUAUCGGGGUGAGAAUAGUAUACGUGUUCAUAGCCUUAAGAAGUAACUAGCUGCCGACCCGACCCGACGUAUUGAUCAACACUCUGCUUUCUGACACACUUGAUGAUGCCACAGAAAACGAAUAGCGGGCCAAUGAGAACCUUGCCUCUCUAGCCUUCGGAGUAUUGAUUGGCCGUCGCGCGCACCAACCAGAGCACAUGAGGUAGUUUCCUGAGGUGACCACCAGAUGCCUCUACUGGUCCAUGGUAAACAUCGUCUCAGGAAAGUCAGACAAAACUCAAGGAUAAACUGUACGCACGUGUAAAGUCCACCAUCUUCAAUAACUUCCAGUGAGAGAUGACUUUGUGAGGAGGAAUUAACCCAGACUGACAAGAAUUAACGGGAAUAUAACAUAUACGUCUUUGUUGAUGAAGCGAGCGUGUGUGAGUAAGAGGAGGUGGGAGGGCGAGGCGAGGAGGAUCCCUGGCCAGGAGAGAUGAGUGCCUCUGUGGUUAGCGACCUGCACUCAGCCAUCCUUACCCCACACCCCCAUGUUGUGCGACACAUCCUCGACAACCACGCCCACGCCCUCAGGGACCGCCCAUCCUGCGACAAGGAUGGUUGGUCUCCCCUCCACGUCCUGGCCAAGUCAGGCGAUGACUACAUUUCCUGCUUCUGUGAACAAUUAAGAGAAAACGGAUAUGAAAGACAGGAGGAGAAGGGGAAACCCAACUGUUUUGUUAACGGCGGCAGAGGUGGGGAUCACUCCACACUACCCAAGAUAUUAACCACGUACGGCGCAAAGACCCGAACCUCGUCACUUCCCAAGAACACGUCGCUCAUAUCGGAAAGCUUCAAAACACCCCCACACCCACCGUGGGCGUGGGCCAGUGAACCGUCUCAGGAGAGGCACCACCGCGCCCGGAUGGCCAUUGUGUACAUGUUAUGUGACGCUGGUGUGGAUAUCAAUGGUCGCGAUGCUUCUGGCUUCACCCCCCUCCACUAUGCUGCCAGAAGAGGAGAUGCAGCUGUGUGUGACGCCCUCCUACAGUGUGGUGCUGACCUUCACGCCCAACACGACGGCGUCUCUCUCCUGGAGGAGGUCGAGGCAGCCGCCAGGUACCACAACCACCAGCCCCUCACUCCUCUCCACCACAACCAUGACCCCUACCACCAGGACGACCAUAGUGAUGAGGAGGAUGAUGAAUGGGCUGGUAUGGAUCCCAAGAAGCCCGUGUGCGGUCCUGCCGUGGCUGUGCAGAGGGUCUUCAGGUUCUACUGGCCAGGUCUCUGGAGGGCCGUGGCCUCAGAAAACAUCAGCAAGGUUCGCCAGCUAGUGAAUUCCUGGUGCCGCGUUGACCUGCAUCGGGGAGGCAUGAGCCUGCGUGAACUUGCUGUCAGCACUGGCAAUGAGACCAUCAUCUCCCUCCUGCUGAGCAUCCAACCCUCCAUGUGUCUGGUCCACCACUCCCUGGCGGGGAAUGUGUCGGCGGUGAGGGAGCUGCUGGAGUCCCCCGCCAGGAAGAAGAUCAACGUUGACAUCAGGAAGUUGAGUGAACGAGGAGCGCCGUUGUUGUUCUUCCUCAUCCGUGGCGGCCAACACGAGCUGAUCCGGGAACUGAGGCACCACGGAGCGUCCCUCUACACCCAGAUGCUGGAUGACUCUAUGGUGGAUGUACCAGUAAUCUUCACAGCCCUUGAGUCGUGGAUGGAGCCGGAAGUGGUCAAGAGCUUACUCCCGGCUGCAGCCUCCAGAGAAGCGCGACUUUUGGAGCGUGUCUGGAACCGGGGUAAGAACGUCCUCACACAAGCCAUAGAGAAUGACGUCCACAUGGAUGCUAUUGAGGCCAUCGUUGAAGUUGGUGGGCCAUCAUUACUGUGUGAGCGCGACCCAGAGGGAAAGACAGUGGUGGACGUGGCCCUCAAGAAGAAGCGUCACGACUUAAUACAACUCAUGGACCGCUUUGUGGCCCAGUGGCUGACCCGCCCUGACCUCUAUCCUAGAAGACGUGACCUCUUGGCUCUGCGAGGAUUUGGUCGCCUGGAGGUCGUGGCUGAGGCUCAAGAAAGUCUCGAACAGGACAUUGGACUCUUCCUGCAAGAGUACAGGAGAUGUCAGGGGUUCCUGCAGCAGAUGUUCCAGGCAGUGAAGGAUGGUGAGACUGCCAGAGCCCAGCAGCUUCUCUACUUUGAGAGUGACAUAUUCUACCUGGUGGACCUUCUGUGGCAAGGAAGGCUGGAGGGAGACGGAAUGCCGCUCCUCCACUGGGCAGUGUUAUACGGGCGGGAACAAAUAGUCAACCUCAUCGUCAGAGCUCCUCAGGACCGGCCAGCAGCCCACAACAACCACGUCACACCCAGGUUUUGUCCAGAUGAUGUGAGGGAUCAGUGGAGGAGGACACCCUUGCACUACGCUUCAGGUCUGCCUGAUGGGGGAGCUAUUGUUGCUGCUCUGUUAGACUUGGGGUCCUCAGAACACGCACUGGAUAUGGAUGGUCGAGAACCCUUGGACUUCCGAGAUGCCCGAGGGAGUCCUGCCUUACUCAACCUCAUGGACAACUUGAGAAAUAAGAUAUACGAGAUGCCACAUCCAGAUCCUUGGGACCCAGAGAUCCUAAGGAGCCAUCUUGACAAUUUACGACGAGAACGAUUCCAGAACCUCCAGCCUCUCCCUCACCACCACAGUCACCACCAUCACCACCAACCAUACAACAAAGGGUCCCAAUACUCGUCGUCCCUCCCGGGCUCCCACAAGUAUCAACAUGAACUGAGUGGGCACGGAUGGCCUUACCCCGCCCACUUCCCCACAGCUCCAGGCAGUAACUUCCACUGGCCACUACCACACCCUGUCAGCCACUCAGCAAAGGAACAAAAAGGAAACCAGAGGCUGUGUUGCAUCAUGUAGGAUCUGUAGGUAAUGUCUCCCUCUUGAACUAUAAAUCUGUCUUGACUAAAUAACUUUUUGUUUAAAUAUCUAUCAAGACCUCAAAAAUGGGCUUUGACUUGAUAAAAAAAUUGUCUUUUAUUUGAUUAUGUUUCAAAUAAUUGUCUGGGUAGAUCACAAAAAAAUUACAAAAAAAUUCAAUAACUUUAAGCAUAUAAUUCCUGACCUUAGACAUCAUAUAAUGCUUCAGGGGCCCUCUCUGUGUGCACCUAACCAGUCAUUACACGACCACCAUCAGUCAGCACCACCUAACUGGCUCUCAUGGUGUGGGAUCAUGACACUCAAACAUCAAAUAGGUUGAGGCUUUUAAUUCAUAAUAGGCUUUGGUUAUGUUUACCUGAUGUCCACUACAUCUAACAGUGAUCAAAUCAAGAGAGGAAACAAAAUAUUACCCUCUUCACCACUGAUUGCUCGACCUGUUAGCUCCUUGGGUGAUCGGUCACUUCCCUGUUGGCAAGUACUGGACAGGUACUGGCUCUCUCUUACACACUGUUGGCGAGUACUGGCUCUCUCUUACACACUGUUGGCGAGUACUGGCUCUCUCUUACACACUGUUGGCAAGCACUGGCUCUGUUACACACUGUUGGCAAAUACUGGGCAUGUACUGGCUCCAGAAUGUAUCAGAACCUGCAUCAGUGUUGGUCAAGGACUCCCACACAUUCUUCCUGAUUAUAUUGUUCAGGAUAUAUUGAAAGUUAUCAUUAUUCUGGCUUUCCACAGCUUCACCAGCUUGACUGUCCCAUGGAUCAGUCUUUCUCUGAGCUAAAGAGUACUGUACAGUAAUGUCUGGCAUCUGUUUGCCCUGAAGACUUGACAAGCUUAAAUCUGUGAACUCUAUUUUAAUUGAUAGUGUUUCCGAGGCUUUUAUUUAGUGAUUAAAAGAUGAUAUUAUUAAACAGCACAAAUAAUUUACUUAACUGCACACAUAUAUCUUAAGUCAUGAAUCACAUACAUUACAAUGUGAGGGAGAGCACAGUAGUGCUGGGGAUGAUAAGUCUGUUGCAUGUAAAAGAUUAAUCUUUGUGGUCAGUUAUGAAAAAAAACGUGAGAUAUUAAAUGUGGUGCAGUUUUACAAUUUGAUAGACAUAACUGUUUUAAUAUGGCUGUAAAAUAUGUGAUGAGGCAUACAACACAUAAUUAUGUCUGCAUCAUUGAGCUUUACGACUUCCAUUCCUGUUGUACUCACUCACCUUGAGAACUUUCAUCCGGCUCGUACCAACCAGCCAGAGAUGGUGCUACUCUUGACUGGUUCCUGGUUACCAUCUUACAGUAUUUACUACAAAUAAACACCAAUACAUAACCAAGCUAACAGUCAUCUUAGGGUGUUCUGUAUAGUAACUCUUAUAAACACUGACUUUAUAAUUCAGUAUAGUAUAGUUCAGGGGGAGUGAGCAGAGCGUGAAAUGUUAAGGUUCCAUAUUUAUGUUAAAAAGUUGUAUACGGGGCAUUUCUCUUUUUCCCCCCUUUUAACUUCUAGUGGUGAAGACAUUUUAUGGUUGGUAUGGCAUUAAAAUGGUGUCUCUAAAAACCACAAGAAAUUAUAGUCUGAUGAUAUUUUAGGUGAACAUUUUCCAAGGACAGAUGUUUCAAUGUGAAGCAUAACAAGAAGAGGUUCUACCCACCAUCUUGUGAUGGCACCACCUGUUUGGGUACUGACCUCAUCAGCACAAGGUCCACCAAACUAUUAGUGUACAGGUACAGUACUUAUGUGCCUCAUGCUGGUACAUAAUUUUGAAUUACAUGUACAGUAUAUUUAAAGCCUCUUAAUACUUUAUAGGUUGUAAUACUAUAAUGUAUGUAGUCCUGCCUUCACUGCAGAGUGGUGUGUGCACAUUCUAGAGUUUAAAAUUAUGUAUAGAUUCACAUGCAAUAAUGUGUACAUACAAAGACUAAUCAUUUCCAAGAAUAAUUUGUAUUUGAAUAUUUAAAGUAUAUUGUUGACCCUUCCAUACUCUAUUUUGAUUAGGAAGUUUGUAUUUUGUAUAGCGGCGCAGAUGUUAUGGUAGUCUAGACAGUUUUGGUCAUGUACUGCAUCAAGUAUCGCUUACACGAGACAUCUUAGUAUUUUUUCUACAGUAUAAUGCAAAAAAUGUCUUUACAAUGCAGCUAUUGUAUAUCUGUAAAUUGUUUACAGUCUAUUAUUUGACUCCAGACUUAUAUUUAAAAAGGUUGGCAGCUAAACUUUCAUCUUCAUUUCAGUCUCAUCUGUGCAUUUUUCCCAUUACUGUAUUUCAAAAAAAUUCUUGCCUGCUACUGUAGAUAAGAAGGCUGUGGCUUAAUUAAAAGGAGUCAGUAAUUUAUUUAAAUGAUAUUCUCCUAGUUAUCUAAUACUGCUGUACUGUACUGGGCUUUGUUAAGAAUGUCUCUGAGCUGCAAAGACUCUGUAGUGUUGUAAGGAAACUAUGAGAGGAACUUGUUUGGUGGUGCUGUGAACAUUAUGUACAGUAUAUAUUUUACAGGUUAACUCUAUUGCACUUUAUUUGUCAUUGGAGUAUUUGGGUAAAGUUGAAGUACAGUAUAUUAAGAUAUGAAAUAUGUUCAGCCAAGUAGUGCACAUUAUUGUAAUUUUUAAAGAGAGGCAACAAAGACUUGAUGAUUAUAUUCACAUUACAAAAUUGUGAUUGUUAAUAAGAGAAUGAAGCCUCGUUUACAACAUCAGGUUACAGUCUUGACUUAUUGUGUCGUCUGUGGUCAAUUGCAUGGUACUGUAUAGAAACCCAGGUAUAGACUGAUUUUUUCUUCCAAGACGCCUCAGUGAGUAGAUUAACACGGCAAUUGUCAGAUCUUUUCUCUCCGAUUUAUACAGUAUAUGUUAAAAGAUGAAAUACAGAACAAUAUUCUUGUUAAUUAUAGAUUUUGUUGUAUUUGAAAGAAUUUAUUAUACAUUAUGGUUGCUAUAUAUAUUGUGUUUAUAUCUUUGUCAUGUUGGUUAUUGUAUCUGUACCUGCAAGUAAAUAAUUACCCCUUUACCAGUUUUGUUGUGCACAUUUGUAUACUGUUUAUUGUAUUGACUUAUUUAUUUUUUUAUUUUUUCCUUUUUACAGUGAAUACAGUUAUGAGGAGAAACAUAACAUAGAUCUUAUUUCAGGUAGAUUAUUGUAGAGGUGCCUUAAACUAUAUAUUCUAGUGAUCAAAACAAAGCCUUUUAUAGUACUAGUUGUGUUGUGUCAAGUAGCACAGUACACAACAGGAAAUACUUUUGUUUUUUCGAUCUUGCAUAGUUGUUACAGCUCUGACACAGUGUAGCUAGAAUGAAGAGCAAUUAACACAGAUUCUGCCACCCCUAAUUUGCUGUUAAUUGCCAUCAUGGUCUUUAUUAAGGAGCACAGAACCGAAGUAGGACAAGAGCUGUAAAUGAAAAAUAGAGCAAAAACAGUUAUACUUUGUGAACCUUCAAAUAACUAUAACAUAACUUUGGAACCAGUGAAGAUAUUGAAGUGAUUCAAGUGGCAGAUGUUGUAGCAUUGUUAGUGGAGAUUUAAUUGAUUCUAGUGAAGGACAUCAUAUACUGUAUAAGAAUGGGCACACCAGCACUUGUCUUACUUGGGUUCUGUGCUCCCCAUAUGCAGUUUUAACACUCAGGCUAUGGGGGGUAAGGGUGGGAUUGGCCAUCACCCCUCAGUACAGUAAACCCAGGGUGCGGUGUUAGCAAUAAGCUGCCCUGUCGGUAUUUACAGUGAAUUUUGAUUUGUGACCUAUUUAAUUGUAUUUUUUCUCUCAUUUAUGAGCUAUUAUAUUACUUAUGCCCAAUGCUAAAUUAAGUACUGCACUGUACUAUAUAAAUACUAUCACCAUUAUGGUGUGAGUUUGUAAGUACCGUAAGAUAUAUUUAUUAAAAAAUUCAUUUUCCCCAUAUUUUCUUUUCAUAUUUUGUUUAUUUUAACAUAUUCCCCAGUAAAACUUUUAUGAGAAAAGCUACAUUAUGCACCACUAGUAUAGCCAUCAGAAUCAUUAUAAUAUUUUAAGAAUUAUUAUAUAUGAUUACAGUAAGUUUGUUGAGUAUUAGUAAUUAUGUAAACCAAUGUGUUCAUACUUGAGUUGGCCCCAAAAGGUGUGGCUCACAUUUGUAAACCAUAUGAAACACCAGAUGAUGUAAUAAAACUCGACUUCUGGUGAAUUUUUACAGAAAAUGAUGUACAGUACAGUAUAGACUCUCUCCAAAAAGUAUCUUUAUGAUUUUGUGUGAGACAAUAUGACACAAUGGCUGGAAGUUUUUGACAACCUUACUGAGACAACAGAAGUAGCAGUGCUCAUUUUGGAAUUUAUCGGACCCCACCGUAAGGAUACCUUUUGGAGCGAGUGUGCUUAAGUAUUAGUGGAGGUUGAGUGUUAGAGAUGUGAGUGUGUUAACAGAAUAUGAGUGUGUUAACAGAAUGUGAGUGUGUUAAUAUUAAAGUGUUCUUACAGUUUUA